AUGCCCGUGGAGGAAUGUCCUUUCCGAUGGUUUUCAUAUGCACAAUUAAGAGAAAGAUUUAAUACGGAUAAGAGGAUAAUGGGGCUCAAGCAACGGCCACCCCAGAGAACGGUGUCACCCAAGCAAGAGGACGAAGAUCGGAAACCCGAAAAGGGGACGGGCCCGGGGAGCGAGAGCGGGACAUCCUGCAACGAAUUGUCCACCUCCAGUUGCGAGAGCCACUCGGAAGCCAGCACCCCUCAAGAGAACGCCACGAGCGCUCAGCAGCCCACGAGCCACGAGUCCAACACUCUGACGUUGGACCGCCCAUCAAAGAAAGCUCCGGUCCAGAAAAUGGCCCCACCGGAGAAACGUCGUAACAGUGAACUUUUCCAGACUCUGAUGAGUAAGUCGAGAGAAACCAACCUCUCCAAGAAAAAGGUUUCGGAGAAGGUCAGCGUCGAGGAAGAGAUGAAAAAGUGCAUUCAGGAUUUUAAAAACAUUCACAUCCCCGACGAUUUUCCAGAAAGGAAACGCCCGUGGCAAUCUGAACUGUUGCAAAAAUACGGGCUAUAGUUGUCCAUACACACACCCUCACCGCCCCGAUUAUCGAAUCUCAUGUCCCUGGUGAUUUAAGUGUCUAAUUCCAUUUGCCGGUUACUUGUGGAUUUACUCCUUGGAGUUCUGCGGCUUCUUUCUUCUUUUCGUGAACUGGAUGUUGGAUAGGACAUGGGUUGACUGUUUUCUCCUCUUUUUUUUUAAAAGGAUAUACGAUUAAUGAAAACCUAGAUCCUUUUAUAAUAGUUAACAAGUGCAUGGUCAAGACAUUUUGGGGGUGGUGCUAAGCCUCCUCAUCCAUGGAAUCAAUAUAUCAUCGGGUUGCUCCGCCAUUUUAUAGACAUAAUAGCAGCGAUACAAACUUCCACGGCACAAAAUGGUGGGUCUGAGGCCGGGGUGGUUGGGGAACGAUGACGCUUUUAUGACUUGUGGACUUCAACUCCCAGAAUUCCCGAGCUGUGACCGACUGGGUGGGCGUGGCCAUGGUG